CCAGUAAAUUUAAAUAUUCAAAAAAUAACUUGUUAGAAAUGGGAGAAAAAUCUUAAUAAAUCGUAAAUCAAAAUAAAAUGGUGGCUGAAUAUGAUAGGUAGAAAAUUCUAACCUUUAAAUGCCGGGAAUAAAGUAAAUACUCAUAUUUAUAAAUAUUUGAACAGUAGUUUUAUAAUAUAUAAAUAAUGUCAAGUCGUUCAAAAAAAUUAAUUGAAAUAGUUACAUCAAGGUUUAAUAAAUCACCGGUUUUAACAAACGCUAUUGAAUCAGCAACUGAAAGAGCUCAUGUACAAUUAACUCAUUUUCAAAAUAUUGCUAGCAAAAAAUAUGACACUAUUGUCAAGCAAGUCAAUGGGGCAACAAUCAUCCAGGAUUUAAAAUUAGCAGCAUUAGAGCCAGCGCCGAUGCCAAAGCAGCUGGUAAUCUGGUGGAAAUGGUACCAGCAGCUAACAGGUCUCGAAGAUGUCGAAGUAGCAAGACAGCAGAUGAUAACCGUCCAAGACAAAUUAUUCGAUUGUCAAAACCGCCGGCGAGAUCUCAACAACCAGGCUUCUGUGAUAGCCGAGAAAUUGAAACAAGUCUACGGCGAGUUGAUUCAAACCAGGCGGGAAGAUCCAAAGUAUGUGCAGUUAACAAUCUUAGAAAAUAAAGCUCUGCAAGAUCAGAGCAGAAUAAUAUCUCAUUUAAGUCUACUGGAAAAUGAGGAACGCGAUCACUUUACCCAGUUGGCCACUGCCAUAAAAGAGUAUCAUGACAGCCAGAAUAUUAACGCGCAAAAAUAUAAAUAUCUGUCUAUUUUAGCUUCCGCUGUCAUCGCGAUACUUUCUCUAGGCGGGUCAAUGAUUUAUAAUAAUAAAAGAAUAGCCGACGUCCAUAAAAUAAUUGCCGAGGGACAGAGUAAAAACGAAGUUAUAUUCAAAAAUUAUUUUUCUACCCUGGAGGAAAGCAUUAGAGAGUUUAAAAAUAAAAAAGUUUUUAUUGAUUGGAAUAAAGCACCUGAUAUUAAAUAUCAAAGUAAUCAGAGUCCUAGUGAUAUUUCAUCUGUUGACCCACAAAUUAAAAAUGUUAAUGUAGAUAGAAAAAUAAUACUUGGCGGUGCGCUUGUCUUACUCUUAAUUAUUUUAAAUCGGAUAUCGUCUUAGUAUUUUUUUAUUUUAUAAUUAAAUGGUUUGUAAAUAAAGAGUUUAUAUUUAUACUCUUAGGACAUUUAAUAAAUAUGAGACUAAAAAUUAAUUAAGUAAUUUGGCCAUUAGUAAAAUUUUAGGUAAAUAUAUGAAUUAGUUAAUUGCAUUUAUAAUUAAAUAUUAAUAUUUAUAAUUUAAUAGUAAAAUGAAAUGAAUUUCGA